UCAACCUACCAAGCGGACCCUAAAGUCUGGUUGUUGAUUUGACUAAAUUGUCAAAAAGAAUCCAAAAAUUGUUUUCGUUGAAAAUGCAUACCAUCAUUUAUUUAUGAAAAUUUGCCCAAACCAACCCGCAAACCUCAUCGGGAAAAAGGGUCCGAUACGAACAACCAACUCGUCAUAUUCCUACUGAUUAACCGGCAGAUGUUGAAGAUGAUGCGGGCGACGACAAUUUCUUCUUCAUUGAAUGUUGGUUGUGGCAUCGCCAGCAGACUGAGAGCUUAUUAAAGUAACUAAUCUUGACGAUGCACUCCUUGUGUUCGACGAAAUGCUUCAAAUGCGUCCUCUGCCUUCCGUCGGUCCGAUUCAAUCAAGUCUUGACUCAAGUCGCCAAGUUGAAACAUUAUUCGGCAGUCAUCUCGCUGAAUGACCAAAUGGAGCCUGUUGGGAAUUCGUCCUGAUGCUUACACUCUAAACAUUAUCAUUAAUUGCUUUUCUCAGUUGAACCAAAUGGAAUUUGGUUUAUCUUUCUUGGGAAAAUUCUCAAACUUGGUUUUGAACCGAAUGUUGCGACCUUCACCACUCUAAUCAACGGAUUCCUUCUUCAGAAUAGAGAGGCCGAUGCUGUUGGGAUUCUGAAUAAAAUGAUGGAGAGUGGUAACUUGUAAGCCCAAUGUGGUUACUUUCGGCACACUAAUAAAGGGCCUUUGCCUGAAAGGUAACAACACUGAAGCUAUUACAACUACUUAAGGAAGAUGGAAGAAAGGCAGGUUGCAAGCCUAACAUUGUCAUUUACAGCACGAUCAUCGACAGUCUUUGUAAGGAUACUAUGGUGGUUGAUGCGAUGAACCUUUUCUCUGAAAUGAUGAGUAAAUGUAUUGACCCCGACAUAAUUACCUAUAAUUCUUUGAUUCAUGGAGUAUGCAAAUUAGGGGAGUGGAAAGAAGCUACGAGAUUGUUUAAUGAAAUGGUGAGCAAAGGUAUUUUUCCAAAUCUGCGAACCUUCACUGUCUUGGUAGACACCCUUUGUAAGGAGGGCUUGGUCGGGAAAGCAAAAAGCAUGGUCGAAAUGAUGACGCAAAGAGAUAUUGAGCCUGACGCUGUUACUUAUAAUUCUCUUAUGGAUGGUUAUUGCUUGCGAGGAGAAAUGCGUGAGGCGAAAAAGGUUUUCGAACUAAUGCUCAGAAAGGGCUACACAGUUAAUGCUUAUAGUUACAACAUACUGAUAAACGGAUAUUGUAAGCACAGAAGGAUAGAUGAGGCGGUGUUGCUUUUUGAGGAAAUAUCUAGUUGCAGAGUCGCUCUGAAUGUCAUUACUUAUACCAUUCUCAUGGACGGUUUUUGCAAAGUAGGGAGAGUACAAGAUGCACAAGAGUUGUUCUCUCAGAUGCAAGCUAGUGGGCAGCUUCCAAAUGUUCAAACCUAUGCUGUUUUAUUGGAUGGCCUGUGUAAAAACAAACAAUUUCCCGAGGCAAUACAAUUGUUAAGAGAUAUGGAAGGUAAGAAGUUAGAGCCAGAUAUUGUGAUUUACGCUAUUCUUAUUGAAGGAUUGUGCAUUGGUGGGAAAGUUGACUCUGCAAGGGAUCUCUUUCGAAAUUUAUCUUCAAGAGGUGUUCAACCUAAUACUAGGACGUAUAACAUAAUGAUUGGUGGAUUGUGCAACGGAGGGCUAACAAACGAAGCGGUAAAAUUACUUAACGAAAUGAAAGAGAAAGGUUGUUCUCCAAAUGGUUGGUACCUAUAACAUAAUCAUUCGAGGCCUUUUCAAUAACAAUGAGCCAUCAGAAGCGAUGGGACUUAUUCAACAAAUGGUGGGGAAGGGUUUUUCUGCAGAUGCGUCAACUACGGAAUUGAUAAUUGAUUUGUUGUCUAAAGAUAAAGUAGAUCCUGCUUUGUUGCCAUUGAUAGAAAGAUCGUAAUGAAGUUAAUUUCUAUCUUGCAAAGUUAAAACGGAUCCUUGUAAUGAUUAUUGUUAAUUUGAAAGUGUUGCACC